AUGACUGUUUUGCAGACCAAGGAGGGCAAAGCCCCAUUUUCGCAUCCCUCAAUUCCACCUUCCACUCGCCCCGAAACUUACUAUCGUAUCCUCGGUGACUUAUCGUCCACGGCCACUCCUAUUGUCGCUCUUCACGGCGGCCCCGGUAUACCACAUGUCUAUCUCGCCCCGCUCUUCAGUGCGUAUCAUGCCCUCACGCAAACACCCGUCAUUCUCUACGACCAGAUAGGAUGUGGCAGAUCUACCCGUUUCCCCUCCAAGAUUGGUGACAGAGACUUCUGGACUGUGGAGCUCUUCAUUGCCGAGUUGGAGAACUUGCUUUCUCAUCUCGGCGUUGAGAGGUUUGAUCUAUACGGCCACUCAUGGGGCGCUAUGCUCGGCGCCGUCGUUGCGACGCCCUCGUCAUCACCACUCGCUUUCAAGGUUAGAAGACUGGUUCUAGCCAGCGGACCUGCCAGCAUGAAGCUUUGGGAGCAAGCUCAGCACCAGUGGUUGAAGAGCAUACCUGGCCCCGUCCGUAAAGCAAUCGAAAAUGCAGACAUCGACAAAGACUACGAGUCUGACGAAUACAAAGCUGCCGUGUUGGAAUAUUACAAGGUUCACUUAUGCCGAGUCUGGCCGUUUCCAGAGGCUUUGUCCGAUGCUUUUGCUGAACUGGAGAAGGAUCCCACCGUGUACUCGACUAUGUGUGGGCCGAGUGAGAUAACAAUCACUGGGAGCCUGAGGACAUACAAUUGGAUUGAGAAGAGCACUCAAAUAAAAGCACCCACUCUUCUCAUCAACGGUGAAUUCGACGAAGCUUCUGAUCUGGUCGUCAAGCCUUGGUUUCACAGCAUUCGGAAAGUGAAGUGGGUAGUUAUCAGCGACGGCGGGCAUUGCGUUCACCUGGAACAACUGGAGAAGUACGCUGGCGUAUUGAAGAGUUUUUUACAGGAUGAAGAGUAG